GAAUGCGGAAGGGAGGGGCUGCGCGCCCUCGGUUGGUUGCCGGCGCGAAGGAGGCGGGGUCGUAGGCGGGCGCGUAGGGCUCGAAACCGUUGGUGUGCGUGCUCCAAAUGCAGCCGGCGGUCGCGUCCGCAGUUUUGUCUCCCCGGAGCCGCGCCCCCGAGAGCUGGGCCGCGGCUGUCCCCGACGCCCCUCUUUCCCCGGACCUGCUGGCGGAGGUGGAGGCGGUGGCCGCGGGCUGGAUGCUGGAGUUCACCUGCCACUGCUUGUGCCGUCAUUUCCGCGACGGCCGCGUGCCGGACUUCCAGCGGAGCCGGGACGCGGCUCAGGCUAUUAUUAAUGGACUACCCAAAAUAACUGCACAUCAGAGGAAAGCAGUGAACCUGUGUCAGUUUUUGGCACGAAUUGCAGAAGGGAAAUCGCUUGGUUAUCAUUUUGAAAGUGAUCAAAGAAUUUCCCCAUUGGAAUCUGCUUUGUCAAUUUGGAUACAACUUGAAAAGGAGGAAAGUAAAUUAGAAAAACUGCAUGAAGAUAUUCGGCGCUUAAUUCUGAUUCAGGCUGUAGCAGUCUACAUAGAAAAAGGAUACUAUAAGGAGGCUUCUGAAGUCCUUGACAGACUAGAUUCGGAACCAAAUAAGACUCUAAGAAUGAAGCUGACCAUGAUAAUUAACAGGAGAGACCCAUAUGUUCCCUUCCUUCAGAAUUUCAGUUACAAUCUCUUAAUGGAUAAAAUCAAGUCUUACAUCGAUGAUUUCUUGAAAAAAAGUGCAACUAACUUUCUAAUUAAGGCUGCAGUGAAAGAGGUGGAGGCCAAAAGAUUGGGAGGAAAAGCCUCACAAGAUAAACCUGCAAGUGUUGUUAAAACAAAUCAUGGAAAUAUUUUGGAAAUGGAACAAAGUAACUUUGAAGAUGUAAAUCAUAUAUCAAAGAGGUCUUCUGGAAAUGCAAGAAAACAACUGAGGUCUUCAUACAUGUCUUGUAGGUCACAUAUAGAAGCACACACACCUUUGAACCCAGAAAUGGCACCUUUUCCCAGGAUAAAGAAGCGGGGAAGAACCGGUGCUUGUCGAAAUUUGCAGAAUGAUCUGCAGAAUUUGAAAAACAAUGCAGAAACUUCAUCUCACAUGCUAACUGGACGAAAAAAACAGGAGUUAAUUGUUCAUCAUAUAAGCUGGAAUAUAAAACUACUGAAGAAGAAAAAGUACUGGGACACUUAACAGCUCACUACAGAUCUCAAGUGAAGUAGUGAGGAAAGCACUACUGCAGUGAGAAAGACUUUGCUUUGUGGAAUACAGAAUCUCUCUGACAUCUGCUGGACUGUUUAGCGCAAGAACUGCCUUGAAAAUUUUCUUGUUUAGAAGACUAUACAGUUUUAUAGGCGUGUUGAAUGGAAAAUCCCUGACUAAUAAGCAGGAGGUAGAAAUUGGACCACAAAGCAUCCCUUACUGCUUGUCAAUGACUUGACAAAAAACCUUCAAGGUAAAAAUACUUGUAAUAUAGAAGACAAAACCCAUAGGAUAUAUUAAUCAUCCUUUAAUUUUUAAACUUUCCCUUUGUACUUGUGCUUGCUGAAGUUCCCAGAAGUGGAUUCUUUAUAGUUAUCUUCCUUUAGCUUGUUUGUAUUUUCAACUCUUCCUUUUCCCUGGAUUUUGUAGUUAGACACAGGCAGCAACUCAGUUUCACUUUACUUUGGAAAGCAUAGCCAAAAAAGAGAUCCCAAGUGAAUAAAAAUACUCUGAAAGCUACUUUGAAAAAAGAUUUUGCAGCCUGUUUCCCAGACUGCAAGGGCAGAUAAUGGAUAUAUUAUCCCAAGGUAAGACACUGGAUACUGAAAAGGUCUUUGCUUUAUUUACCCCUUCAGAGCCACCUUUCAUUGCAAAAAAAGUGUGACAUACUUAUGAAAGAGUUUAGUUUUUCAUAGCUUCUCAAUAGUGACACUGACACUGUGAUGUUUUGAAAACUGUCCCUAUACAGCCAGCAGAUUUAGCUGUUAAAUUGUGAUGAGGAAUGUUGUUGUUCUUUGUACUGUGUUCAUGAGAUAAUUGCAUACAUUACAAUCCUUCUUGAUAGGAGAGAAAAAUUCUCAUAGUUAAGGCACUUUAUUAGGACUCAGAAGAUCUGGGUUUGGUCCCUAGUUCUACAGUAAAUGUCAUUAGGGUUUUUGAGGAAAGCCCUUUAGCACCAGAUUCCUCAGAAAGGAUGUGGGUACCUUAGGCAGACUUGAUGCCUAUUCCUACCUUUACUUCAAGGACUGUUUAUGAAUUGUUCAUUAAACAAUUUAGAUAAAAAAUAAUAAUUCUGAAAGCAGAGACCAGAAACCUCCCCAUAUAGCUGAGUCUUGUUGCUGCUUUAGUGACUCAGCUAUAGAGUGGUCUCAUCAACCUUGAUCUAACCCUCACAAUCUUGCAUUCCUGUCUGCACAAAAAAAGAGUAGGGUCUGCCCACCUGUGCUUGGACAGUAUGAAGUGAGAGACCUGGAUCUGAACCCUCAAACAGAAGAAUCUGGGUUCGGAGGUGUCCAUGAACAAAGACUCUAUUAGGGUAUAAGCCAAGCACUAAAAGUUUAUAUAAAAAGUUGGAGGAGUGGGGUCACACCACCCUAACCAAGGGAAACAGGAAGCUUCUUCAGUUAUUUGUAAGAACAGUUGUAGGUGCUUACCUUCCACAGGGCCUUUGUGGGCCUGGAUCCCAAGUGGAUAGAGACACCUGGCCCAGGUGCCUGAACACUGGGGAAGGGUAGGGGGAAGGACUUCAUCUCAGCUUUUGCCUUCUUUCAUGCUAUACUGUCUUACCCUUGAAACAAACCCCUCUUUUUGUGACCUGUGCGACAUACUGUGCUCACUUAAAUCCAUCCUUAAAUCACAUGAAGGCUGCCCCCAGUGUAUCUUGCUUUCAAGUUUUAUUUGUCCUAUUUGUCUAGGUCAGGAAGCAUGUUGUCUUCAUAUUUGUUUAAAGCCCAAGCUGUCCAUUCUAUAUGUGCACCUAUUGCACUGAGCUACUAGUGUGGAGAAGUGCUCAUCAGGCUUUCCACAAUACAGAUUUUAUAUUACAGUUAUUUAUGACUUUGCACACUGCAGUGUGCACUCUUCAUACUCUACAAAUAAAAACUUACUACUAUGUUUUA